AUGCUUAAAAUAGAUGGAUGGGUUUCUGAUUGUAAAAACAAGAUGAUCAAAACUAAGAAGUCAGUUCCAUGUUCUCAAUCCAAAAUAGUUCACAGCAGGAAACUGAAUCUUGAAAAGAAGCAGAAAGGAGAUUCCGAUGGUUUCAUCACUUCAAAAAUUAAAGAAGAACUUGGUGAAGGCACAGGGAAGCAUGUGCAACAAUUUAAGUCUUCUUGUAUGGACCGAGUGGUGGCCAAAGAAAUGUCCGUAACGCUACCAGCAGCUAGGAAUUUUUUUACCACUAAACAUAGUGAUGUCGUACUUCAAGUUUCAAGCAAGAGACCACGGGCUGUAAGAUGCAUUCUUGGAAUAGCAAACGCAAAGUUCACUGCCGGUUGGAAGGAGUUUGUGCUGGAAAACAAUCUAAAAGUAGGUGAUGUUUGUGUCUUUGAACGGGUUAGUAGAUCCAAACUUCUGUUCAAUUUCAUUAUAUUUCCUUCUCCUGAAGGUGAAGGAAACAAUGUAAUUAUUCUCCCUAAGCAGAAACUUUUAGGAUCUCUGAUUUUGUAA